AUUCCGUUUCUCGUCGCUUGUCCACGCCGUCGAGGGACCGCAGAGCAGAGCUGCUUGCAUCUGGAUUGCAGAUUGCCCAACCAGGCGCUCCCGGCGGCCCCUUCUCCUCCUCAGCCAUGUCGACAGCGUUCUCAACCAAGCAUCCGCUUCGGGUGGCCACACCUUCGAGCAAAGGGCGUCCAAGGUUGCCUCUAGUUAAAAUGCAAUAUUCGUCCAGCAAACGAGCUAGCCCUUCCAUUUCCUUAACUUCCAGUGCGGUGGAUGCGGCAAGAAACGAGCCCGUAGUCAAAAUGUGUGGCAUCACAUCUGCUAGAGAUGCAGAAUGUGCUGCAAAGGCUGGAGCUAAACUUAUCGGGAUGAUUCUUUGGCCCAACUCCAAGCGAUCUGUCCAGCUGUCAGAAGCCAAAGAAAUAUCCAGAGUAGCAAAGUCUUACGGGGCUGAACCUGUUGGUGUGUUUGUCGAUGACGACGAAGAGACCAUCUUAAGGUUAUCCGAUUCAUGCAACCUUGAACUCAUUCAGCUUCAUGGAGAUAGCUCUCGAGCACUACUUCCUGCUCUUGCCAAGAACAACCGAAUUGUGUACGUUCUGAAUGCUGAUGGGGAUGGAAAACUUAUCAAUUCUCCUCCCAGCGAAAAAUAUGCCAUAGACUGGUUUUUGGUGGAUAGCGCAGAGGGUGGAAGUGGCAAAGGAUUCAACUGGGAGAAAUUUCGAAUGCCGCCAGCCAAAAGCAAGAAUGGCUGGCUGUUAGCAGGAGGCCUUCAUGCGGAUAAUGUUUGCCAAGCCGCUUCUGCUCUAAAACCAAAUGGCGUGGAUGUUAGCAGUGGAAUAUGUUCUACUGAUGGUAUAAGUAAGGACCCGAAUAGAAUAUUGUCUUUCAUGAGAAGCGUACAAUUUUUGAGUUCCCAGUGAGGUCUGUGUUUAGACUGAACCUUAUAUCUCCGUGAAUUGGUUUGUGAACAAAUUUGGAAAUAGGCUGUCCUGAAUUAUAGCAA